AUGAGCACUCGUCAACUGAGAAAUCAUAACAAAUGGCCAGUGGGUUUGGAAAGAGUGGCCACUCCUCCAAAUGUAAAUGGUGCUAAUGGUUCAAUUGAUUCGGUCACGAGAUUUGGAUACGGAACUGGAAUUGGUCCUGGUUCAGCAGGGUCGGUAUCGACUGCUAAUGCUAAUGCUAUUUCCCAUGGUCAUGGUCAUGGUCAUCGCUUGUCUGUUAAUAUCCGUGCUGAAAAUGAUAAAGUGUAUGACGGUGGAGAUGAGGGACAGGGUGGUCAUUACGACUCGGAGUCUGGAUUGGAUGAUGUUGAAUUGGAAGGUGAAAACGAAACUGAUGUUGAUGGAAAUGCUAAUGCUAAUGGCAACGGCAUUACUGGAGAGAACACUGGAGAAAACAGUGGAACUGGUUCCAGUAGUGGUGCUGCUAGUCAUAGCGUUACAGGAAGAGAAGUGUCGAAUCCCAUAGCCAUUCCAGGCACAAUUUCGGGUUCUGGUGCUGAUUCUGGUUCUGUUCCUGGUCUUGGUCCGGUUGCUGGUCCGGUUACUGGUCCUGCUGCUGGAUCAAGUGUAACUACUGAUAACGGACAAGGACAGGGUCAUUACCAGGACCACCCGCAUCAUCGUCAUCCAUUGACUGUAGCUACUGCUAUGGCAGCAAUUCACAGUGGUGGUAAACCUAUUCCGACCUCUGUGGCUUCUGAAUGUGCUGAUAAUCGGGUCAUUAAAAACGGUUGGCUUCAUAAACGAGGUAAACGAAAGAACUGGGCUAGACGCUGGUUUGUGUUACGAGAUCACCAAUUGUCAUACUAUAAAGAUGAAAGGGAGUAUAAAGCAGAGUCCAUUAUAUCCACAGCCGAUAUCAUGAGUGCUGCAAUGCUUCCUGAACACAAAAAACCUAAUCAUUUUGCGGUAUUCACAUCUAAUCAUAAUCUCCAUUUACAGGCCGAUAACGGUGCUGAUGCUCAAGAGUGGGUUGAUAUCAUUAAACAAACUGCGAAUGAGGCGUGUGAAAGUGGUCUUAGCAGCUCGUUCAAACGACUGGGAUAUCUUUCUCAGCGCGAUCAGCUGGAUGGACCCUUGGAAGAGGAAGAACAACAACUUCCAUUAGAUAUGCCUGUACCACAAUCAGCAGUGUCCAAUGGAAUGCCAGACUACCAACAGUAUCCGAAACCAGGCAGUCCUGGUCCUGGAUACACCGAUUACAGCGGUACAGAGGGGUUCUCCUCGUGCGCCUCAGACAGCGGCUAUCCAAAAGACACGCCAAUAUCGCCGAUGCUGUCGUCGUCUGCCCAACACAACUACUUUUCGGUGCCCACUAACUACCAGCAACACCAGCCACAGUCGCUCGAAUCACAACUGCAACAACAACCACAAUCACAACCACAACAACCUCUAAAACCACAACAGUCACAGUCACAACAAACACAACAAUCACAACAACCACGACAACCACAAUCACAAUCACAACAAGUACAAGCAUCGACAUCACCAACUGUACCGUCCUCACAACCACAAGAUCCACAAGCACAAACUGAAGAGUUUCGACAUCCGUCGCAUUCACAUUCGCAUCCUCAGCCAGUACCGGUACAACCUCAUUCUCAUGCUCAUGUUCAUACUCACUCACACUCACUUCCACACCCAUCACUUGAAACUCGGGAAUCCUAUGCCCGCUACGUUCCACCUCUAGUGAGUCCGAGUGAACUUUUAGCAACUGUUGGAGUCGGCGACCCUUUGGACAAAGAGCAUAUUAUAAAACGAGGAUACCUGUUACGACUCAAACGUCGAUACGCCCAGUGGCGUCGACAAUGGGUCGUGCUUACUAAUCGCAGAAUCGUCUUUUACAAAUCCGACGACCUCAAAGGGGGCCCUAUCAAAGUGGUUCUUGUCGAAAACAUAGUCGAUGUCGUCGAUAUCGACCCGCUGUCCAAAUCCAAAAAGUACUGCAUGCAAAUCAUCACUCCCGAGAAACGACUGCGCUUCUGUGCCGAAGAUGAAGAAGACCUCACGAGCUGGCUUGCCUCUCUCAAGUCGGUCCUUCGCUAA